AUGCAACCUCUUUCUCUCUUUCUUUCAGAGAUGGCAAGCUGGGUCUCCAUCCUACUUUUCCUCUGUGGCACGUUCAUAUCGCGGGCCCAGGUGGAGAGCAGCAUCGCGGAGUUCUCCUCCGACACCCCCAUCAACAACGUGGUCCAGGACCCCGAGACGGGCCGGAUAUACCUGGGGGCGGUCAACUCCAUCUACCAGCUGGCGUCCUCGCUUCGGGUGGAGGCCCGUGCGGAGACGGGCCCCAAAAAAGACGCCAGGACGUGUACGCCUCCCGCCUCGGCCUGCCAGGACACCACCCCCAUGCCCAACCUCAACAAGCUUCUGCUGGUCCACCCGUCCAACGGCUCGCUCAUCGUUUGUGGCAGUCGCUUUAGGGGCAUCUGCUCCCUGCUCAACCUCUCUAACGUGGAGCAGCAGCUGUAUUACCGGGACAACCAGGGAGAGAGGACUUAUGUCGCCAGUAUCGAGGAUAACGUGAACGUUGUGGGGGUCAUGUCCACCUACACGAAAGAUAAAACCCUCAAGGUCUUUGUGGUCGGGAAGGGCUACGGAAGCCUGGACAGCACAAAGCUCAUCAGUACACGCAUCCUUGAUAACUUUGGUGACUGGGUGGUGUUUGAAAGCAUUAUUGAGGCCUCGACGGUACAGACCACGCCGUUCGUUCCCAAGUACCUGCACGACUUCCGGCACGCCUUCAAAGAGGACGGCUUCGUUUAUUUUCUCUUUUCUCGGACUCUGGACGGCUCAGACAACAAGAACUUCACUUUCGUUUCCCGUCUCUGCGAGGAAGAUAUCAACUACUACUCGUACACAGAACUCCAGUUGAGCUGUGGGCUGAAAAACAAGUACAACAAGGUUCAGGCCGCUUAUGUGGCUUCCCCUGGGAAAGAGCUGGCUCGAGUCAUGACUGCGUCAAGUGACUACGGGACUGUCAUGUCGUGGAAUAAAGUCCUGUUCGUGGUGGCCAGUUCUGAUGAAGGAGACGACAGCUCCGCCCUCUGCAUGUACCCCCUCAACGCCAUCAAUGAGCGGCUGGUGGAUAUCAUCAGUGCAUGUUACAGUGACUCCGGAAAGAUCUCAGGGAUUCCUGCUGUGGACAUUCCCUACUCAUCUAAAACCGACGAGUUCUGCUCAGCAAAGAUUUUAAAGGACACGUUACAAACUUUCAAGUGUGGUGCAGACUUUCUGCCAUCCCCUCUAGCAAGCAAGCCGAGAUUUGCCUUAACGGCACCUGCAGAAUGGAUAACCUCCACCCUUCUGACCAGUGUGGCUGUGGUUGUAGAGAAUGAGCAUUCCAUUGCCUUCUUGGGAAAUAGCCAGGGAGACGUCUUUAAGGUUCACCUAACGGAGGCUCCGGAAGAGUACAACAAGCUUCCUGGGGACUCCUCUGGGGGGAAGGUCAACAAAAACCUUUUCUUUGACCGCAGUCACAGCCACCUCUACAUUACCACAGACAAAAAGGUGCUCGGUUUGAUCAUAUUCUGUGUUGUAAUUCUCCAGAUCACCAAGGUCCCGGUGCAGACGUGCCUCCAAAAGGAAGACUGCCAAUCAUGCGUGGCACUGAGGGAUCCUUACUGUGGCUGGUGUGUCCUGGAGGGCAGGUGUACCAGGAGGUCUGAAUGCCGCCGAGCGGAGGAGAAGAAUGGUUGGCUGUGGAGCCCCAGGCAGCAGUGUGUCAAGAUUUUAUCCUUCUAUCCCCCAAACCUUUCCUGCAAAAAGACGGACAAGAUACAGAUCAACAUUCCUUCCCUUCCUGCUAUUGGACCUUCGGAUCGUCUGAAGUGCAGCAUUGACUCAUUCCAGAGCGAAGGCACCAUGUUGGACACCAGUCAGAUUGCUUGCAAUCUGCCGCCAUCUUCACACAUACCGAGAACACCAGAGGAUCAAGAUUUUGUGGCUGUAGCUAUUAGGAUUUUUGUCAAUGACACAGUGCAGCUGGCCACGCGGGAGUUCAAGUUCUACAACUGUGCUGCCACAGUCAGGAAAUCGGAAAACACACCGUGCACGUCAUGUGUGAACAGCCCGUGGGGGUGCCAGUGGAACACACUUGACCACACCUGCAGCGACAAAGACGACAACGAUGUCAACUCUAACAUCAUCAAACAUCGUGAGGUGUCGCGGUGUCCCGUGUUUGAGAAUCCAGACCCCGCCCUGAUCCCUGUGGGCUACAAGACCCGCAUCGAUUUUGAAGGACUCAAUUUAAAACAAGACAAGGAUCACUCGUACACAAUUGGCACGGAGCUGAUGAAAAACGCAGAGGAAGAGAUCAAGUCUGAAGGGGGUCGGGUCUACCAUUUUGGGGGCUUCGAUUUUUCCUACGAUAAGUCACCAGAGACCAAUGUUCUUUUCUACGUGAAGGACAAGGAGUCCGGCAAAAAGAUGGACAGCAAACUGAACGUCACCCUGUACAACUGCUCCGUGGGGAGGCAGGACUGUAGUCUCUGCAAGUACGCCGACCCGGUGUACAGGUGUGUGUGGUGCAGCAGGCAGAAGGCGUGUGUUUACGAGAAGCUGUGCGGUGCCCACCAGCAUCAGGAUUCCCACAACAUCGAGUGCCCCAAUCCCGAGAUCACCGACAUUAUUCCUCGUUUUGGCCCCUUGCGGGGAGGCAUAUCAAUCACUAUCCAUGGCUCCAACCUUGGCAUUCAUAAGGAAGACAUCAAAAGCAUUACAGUGGUCGGGGAGCCCUGUAUCCAUCAGGAGGAGAAAUAUUCUGUCUCCACAAGCGUGGUGUGUGAAAUUGGCCCUAUUGACCCUGGAAAGACACACUGGGGCCAGGUGGAAGUGGAAGUAAAUGGGGGAAAGAGAGGAACCUCCUCUAUGCGCUUCACUUACAGGGACCCCAUUCUUGAGACAGUGACACCCUCUAAGGGUCCUAAAGCAGGGGGCACACGCAUAACAAUUCAUGGAAAACUUCUGGACAGUGGCAGUAAGGAGGAUGUCCAGGUUACUAUUGGAGACGUUGGCUGCAUUGUGGAACGCUUUGAAGAUGAAGCGAUCACCUGCAGGACAGGAGAAUACCAAACAGAUAAGGUGUCAAAUGAGGCUCUCCCCAUCAAAGUGCAGUAUGGAAAGAGUACCACAAAAACCAUUGCAAGUGCCUUCCAGUUCUUAGAAAACCCCACCGUGCUGGAUCAUCACCCUAAAGAAAGCUUUGUCUGUGGCGGGAGGGUCAUCAACGUGACCGGCUUUGGGUUUGAUCUAAUCCAAACUGCUGCCAUAAAGGUCCAGGGAGACAACUUAUCAUCUAUCGAGGAGGCCCAUGAGAAGAACGACACAUUCAUCCAGUUUCGUUCUCCAACAAUUCACGGCCUUCUGAACCAGCACUUUAAAACCUACAUCCAUCUGGACAACUGGGUGAAGGAGCUUAAGCCCUUUGACUAUUACCCCAACCCCAUCUUCAACAACGUGACCAAGAAGGUCAUCACUGAGGCCAGCAUCAUUAUCGUCACUGGUAGCGGAUUCUCCAAAGCUAUGACAGCCAGGGAGGCUCAAGCUUUCGUGGGUGACGUUCAGUGUCAGGUGAACACACUUCAGGAUGACAAGCUGUUCCUGGACCCACCGUCCACUCAACCCCGCUCUCGCUCCAGACGCCAGCGCCGAGACACCCGGCCCGAGUUACUGGAUCUAAUGAUCAAAUUUGGGAAAGGAGAGUGGGUGGUUGGCUCAGUGCAGUAUGAAAAGAAGAAUGAUUUGUCCCUUUACAUCAUCAUCCCUGCUGUAAUUGUGCCUAUGCUGCUCAUCAUCUUUAUCUCUGUCUACUGUUACAGGAGAAAGAGUCAACAGGCAGAGAGGGAGUACGAGAAGGUCAAACAUCAACUUGAAAAUUUGGAGGAGAGUGUGCGAGACCGCUGCAAGAAAGAGUUCACAGAUUUGAUGAUCGAGAUGGAGGACCACACCAAUGAGCUGAGUGAAGGACGAAUCCCUUUCCUGGACUACAAGACCUACACGGACCGGGUCUUCUUUUUGCCCUCAAAGGACGGGGCUAACGACGUGAUGAUCACAGGGAAGCUGGACAUUCCACAGGCUCGCAAAGCAACAGUGGCACAAGCGCUCAACCAGUUCUCCAACCUUUUGAACUCCAAGACUUUCCUCAUCAAUUUUAUCCGAACCCUGGAGCGCAGUCAUGACUUCAACGCCAGGGCCAAAGUGUACUUCGCCUCCCUGCUGACCGUGGCUCUGCACGGGAAGCUGGAAUACUACACGGAUAUCAUGAGGACGCUGUUGCUGGAGUUGAUGGAGGAAUACGUCCACAGCAAGAACCCCAAACUGAUGCUGCGCAGGUCAGAGACAGUAGUGGAAAGAAUGCUUUGCAACUGGAUGUCCAUCUGCCUGUACCAGUUUUUGAAGGACUCUGCGGGCGAGCCCUUGUACAAACUGUUCCGAGCCAUCAAGCACCAGAUCGAAAAAGGCCCCGUGGACGCCCGAGUGAAGAAAGCCAAGUACACACUCAACGACACGGGCUUGUUGGGCGACGACGUGGAGUACUCUGUCCUGACGCUGCAGGUGCUGGUUCAAGGCGAGGGUCCGGACGUGACGCCGGUCAAGGUGCUCAACUGUGACACCAUCUCACAAGUGAAGGAGAAGAUCAUCGAGCAAGUGUACAGGAACCUGCCGUACUCUCAGAGGCCCAAAGUCGACAGCGUCACUCUGGAGUGGCGUCCUGGCUCUACUGGGCAGAUUUUGUCAGAUCUGGACUUGACCUCCCAGAAGGAAGGCAGGUGGAAGCGGAUCAACACCCUGGCACAUUACAAUGUGAGAGACAACGCCACAUUAGUUUUGUCCCGGGUGCUACACACGCAACACAACUAUGACCAGAACCAGGAGAACCACGAAGAGCGAAAUGCUCUGUUGGAAGACGAUAAAGUUUUUCACUUGGUGAGGCCGGCAGACGAGCUGGAUGAAAUCAAAUAUAAACGAGGGAGCAUAAAGGACAAGUCGAUGACCAAAGCCAUUACAGAGAUCUAUCUCACCAGGCUCCUUUCUGUCAAGGGAACAUUGCAGCAAUUUGUGGAUGACUUCUUCCGCGGCGUACUGUGCUCCGGGGCGGUGGUGCCACCAGCUGUCAAAUAUUUCUUUGACUUCCUGGAUGAGCAGGCACUGAAACACAACAAUGUGGAUGAGGAGACCAUCCAUAUAUGGAAGACUAAUAGCCUGCCCCUGCGUUUCUGGGUGAACAUCCUCAAGAACCCCCACUUCAUCUUCGAUGUCCACGUGUCCGAAGUGGUGGACGCCUCGCUGUCCGUCAUCGCCCAGACCUUCAUGGAUGCCUGCACCAAGAGCGAGCACAAACUCAGCCGGGACUCUCCGAGCAACAAACUACUCUAUGCAAAGGAGAUCUCUUCAUAUAAAAAGAUGGUGGAUGACUACUACAAGGGCAUCAGGCAGAUGGUACCCGUCAGCGACCAGGACAUGAACACUCAUUUGGCAGAGGUGUCACGGUCUCACACAGACAAACUGAACACACAAGUGGCUCUCCAUCAGCUUUACCAGUACGCCAGCAAAUACUAUGAUGGGAUCAUCGCAUCCCUGGACGAGGACCCAGCUGCACAGAGUAAACAGCUGACCCUGCGGCUCCAGCAGAUCGCAGCUGCCCUGGAAAACAAAGUGACGGAUCUCUAACCCGCUACAGGGAGGGAGAGGGGGAAAGGAGGGAUAUAUAUCGCCAGUGACUACAGGGGCUUAUUUCUUCUUUUUUUCGGAGCAUAGAAAUGGAAAUAAGAAAAUGUUUGAGAGCGCUCAUUUGGCUGUGUGUUUUUGCACAACUUGCCUGGAGCAAUUUUUCUGUUUCGUGAAGUAAAAGAGACUAAUUAAAGGCACAUAGAGAGCAAAAAGAGGGGAAGAAAAAUGAUGGGUUACACUGUCAUAGGUACGCCUUAAAGCUCACUUGCCAAACCUUAAAGGUCUAAGCGGUCACUCAUGCUUCACUGAACAUUGCUCCCACAAUGCAGUGCAAGAGACCUCUCUGAGAAUUAAGCCCCUCCGUGGAGCACUGGCAUAAGAGAUAAUCAAAUGUUGAAUUUCUCUCUGUGUUGAAAAGGUUUUAAGAGUUGUAUUAUAUAUUUUUUUUACUGUGCAGUCUUUAUGCGGAAAGCUUUAUAAGGAAAAAAAAAAAAACACAUCUUUUUAAAUGGAUCACCUUGUGGUGGGGACAGUGUUUUUAUUAGCCUGUGUGUGUGUGUGUGCGUAGAUGUCUGUGUGAAGUGCAACAUGUGAACAGGGGUGUGUGUGUUACUGAAUGUGAGUGUGUGUUCACAUGGAUCGUGAGUGUGCGACUACGUGGGAAUGUGCGUGCACACACAGGAUGCCUACAGGCGUGAGGGACGAAAGGACGCCUGCUUUCUGUCAUUUUAAACCCCCCCCCCCCCCCUCCCCACGAACAGUAACACACUGGAGCCUGCACUCUCACUGAGCUUUACGACAGAGACCAAAGGGUCCUCACAAGGAUGCUGGUUAAUCUAUGAAAUGUUCAGGCUCACAUGAUUGACAGGUCACCAGUGGUUUCAGGAGCAUUUGAGUUGAAUGAUUUGCUUUUUAAUGCAGAUUUGCUUCAGGCUGAAUUGCCACUUGUGCUUGUGAAAGUUCAUAAUAGCACAGUCUGUCUCCCUUUAUUGUACAGUGCCAUGAAACAUUCCACCUUAACUAAAGCACAGAAGGACUUUUCAGAGAUCUUUUUUAAGACAUUUCAGUUAAUGACAGAUUUUUUUGUUUUUGGAAUUUUUUUUUUUUUUUUCUUAAUUUGCUAUUAAACGUUUGCUUUUUAUAAGUGUGAGCAAGAAGCAAUUUUACUCUGCUGCAGAGCCACGUCACUCAUAUUGGUCCUGCAAUAAUGUCAGUAUGCCAUGAGCCACAAUCAACACUUGCAUUAUUGUAGCAAUUCAGCAAUAUGUUACAAAAUUCUCCAAAACUGAUUCAUGCAUUGACUUUUUUUGUGCAAUUCUUUUCUUUAUGAUCGUGUAAUUUUCCAAAUAAUUAUCAAGCAUUCUGCCUCUCAAGCUAUGAAAUAGCCUGUUGCUGAUAAUUGUUGAUAAUCUGCCAGAGACGCUGUAGGUACUGCAGUGGCACGUUCUGAACGGUGAUUGGAGUUUGUAUGCCGUUAGGAAGGUUGGAUCAAAAGUGUACAUAAUUGUCAUGGUAAUUGGAAUAUUAUUGAUAUGUCGGUGUCAGUGUGGACAGUACGGGAGUGAGGGGUUUUUUAUGUUUCUUGGACCAUUAAACCACAUCCCUAAAUUGUAGGCCUCGCUGUUGACAGAUAAUUUAAUUGUCCUCUUUGUAUCUGAUCAUGGACGUGUGUAGUUGACAGAGCAUGACGAGCUCCAGAGACCCCAGAAUGUUAACGAUUCCUGCCUUGGCUAGAGGGAGGUUUGCACAGACCUCGAGCCUGCCUGCCUGCCUGCCUGCGAUCUCAGCAUGGCACUCCGGCAUCCUGACCAACAGCACUUGGCACUGCCCACUCAGUGCAGAGCAGAGUGGCACUCAGUAUGAUGGAAUCAGCAGGGGAGGCUUUUGAUCUUAAUUGCAUGCCGACUGCAGACUCCAUCCUUGUCACCGCUGUUGUUUACUGCUGACUCUUUUCUCACUGACAGAGUUGAUGCAAGAAGCUUUUUUCCGAGCCUUUCUUUAACCAAAAAUGUGCCUUAUUGAAUAGGAUGAUACAUAUAUAUAUAUAAAUAUACAUAUAUAUAUCGUUUCUAAAUUAUCCUCUCGGUAACCUAGGUGAUUCUGAUGACAAUAGUGCUAUAGACACAGCAAUGUAUUUGGACUUGUGAUCAUAUGUGUGCUGUCUAAAAUGCUAGAUGCCCUGUUGCAGCCAUUUGCGUGCCAAUAGGCUGAAGACAUUUCAGUAUGAUUUCUUUUAUGGUUGCAGUAUUGACGUGUGCAUUUCCUUUGGGUGUCUUUGGUGUGUGCUUUGUAGGAUUUUGGUGGCUAAGGCAUAUAGCCAAAAUGAAUAAAUGUAAAACAGUGGCCAAUGUUAUCUGGGUUUCCCUUGAAAAUGUCUGGCAUUCAUAAAUUAGUCUUAAGACAAAAGGGUAUCCAUAUGUAGAUUGAAUAUAGCGCAAAAUUGUCCAAUGGUGUUCAUUUUUUGCCCUGUGUUUCUAAGCUAUUUCACAGUGUGUACGAUAAAUGACUAUCUAUACUCGACAAAUGACCUUUCUUACUGCUGUGCAGUUAUUAUUUUUAUUUCUCGUUUCCUAUAUCAUAUAAAUCUUUGUAAAACCUGUUGAAAUACUGUAUUCUAAUUGUAUACUCCUAUGCAUUGAGUCCUGGGACAAAACAACAAAAGAGAGAAAAAAAAAAUUGUUCGUGCAGAUGUCGAGACUUUUCUUUUUUUUUUCCUUCCCCAUUUUGAAACUUGUGAAUUUGCUGUAAUGACGAAAUAAACUGGGAAACUCCAUUUAGAGUACAGGACCACCAGUGGAAGCCAACGCUCUCCUCCCCAUCCAAGGCAGCUCAGAAGAUUCGCAAUCUUGUACCUGAUCUGGUUGUACUGGAUGAACAUAAUUUUACUGAAAUCGUGUGUGUGGUCGGAGCAGUUACCCACAGGUUUCAUCAUACACUCCUUGGUGAAUAAACUCAGAGACAUAUAUACCC